AUGAGCCAGAAUGGCAGCACGGCGGCAGCCAAACCCCCCGCGGGUCAAAAUGCAACCGCACGUGCAGGAAUAAAAAAGAUAUCUAGGCUUUUUGCCUUUACACGACUUGGUCGCGGCCGCCCGGAGAGUCCCCAUGCGCAUAUUCAAACCGAAGACUCUGCGUCUACGAGAGAAAGCUCCCCCGACGUUCACCAACUUACUUCCCGACGGCGCCGCGGCGCAGGACCGGAACCUAGAAGACCUGCGAGAAAUGGUCUUAGUCGCCUUGUCGCCGACGAAGAAAACCAGGCCUGCGCUAUUUGCGCGACAAUCGACUUUCCCGCUUUGCUCAAUUGGCGACCAGGUCAACCGCGACCUUGGAUUCCUCUAGCUCACACUCUCGCAGAGUUGUCUGCCUGUCCAUAUUGUAUUUUCUUUCAGGCUCUGGUGGGCGGCGAGCCGGAUACCACGCGCAAGUUUACGCCUUACCUACGAAUUCGCCAGGCUUUUGAGCGCCUUGGAGUUAGGGAGAAACACGAGCUUGGAGGUGCUGUGUUGUUCGAGGUCAGCACCAAGAGCAAGGUGCUACCAUGGGGGUAUAUCGUACGACUUAUUGAGGGGGAGGAUGAUAUGGCUGGAUACAAAGAAGCUACGCCGGUGAUUCGAGGUCGUGUGAUACCUCCAAAGCUUGACGUUGCGUUACCCCGGAUCUGGAUCGACUAUUGCAUGUCAAAUCACAAAGACACACCAUGCGCUUCGCAAGGAGCACCGAUGCGAGGCCUUAAGCUUGUGGACUGUCGGAAUAAUCAAGUGGUGUUUGUUGACGACCUCAAUGCCGAGACUAUCGAGUAUGUAACGCUAAGUUAUGUACGAGGUACCCCGACAGAUGACGAAUGGGAUCACAAGGGACUGCCCGAAGAGCUGCCUCCAUUACUCACUGAUGCUAUAUCCGUGACUAAGUCCCUUGGAUUCCGUUACCUCUGGAUCGACCGGUUCUGUUUCCCUCAGUUCAGCGCAAUCGAAAGACGGCGACAAUUAGACAAGAUGGGAGAGAUAUAUGCGCGGUCUGCAUUGACCAUUAUUGUUGCGGCUGGCCAAGGUGUACAAGAUGGUAUCCCUGGCAUUAGUGUACCACGCGAGGAGCAAUUAUCGUUGCAGACGGAAGCUGGCUGUUUCACAACAUCGCUUACAAGGCCUGACGUCGAAGUUGCCAACUCAAAAUGGGCAUCCCGUGGUUGGACAUACCAAGAGGGUCUCAUGGCGCGUCGGCGUUUAGUCUUCACCCCGUCACAAGUCUACUUCCAGUGUCAAACGUUGCAUUGCCACGAAUCGAUUUCUUUCCCUCUACGAACACAACCCACCCUCAAUCUUGGCCGAGUCUUUCCGGAUGAUGCUAUCGGCAACCGUGCGAGCACCUACAAGAACAUUGCCAGCGGCUAUUUCAGCCGGGAACUCACCAUUCCUGAAGACCGUUUAGAUGCUUUCAGGGGCAUUACUGAUCACUAUGCUCGUUUAGAUGAUCCUCUGGACAGUGUUCUUGGCCUCCCCCUCUAUCAUACCAAGGACUUCAAGAACCUGCCAAAUCCUAACCGGACAGACCGCCUUGCCGUUGGUCUCGGCUGGUUUUACGAUCCUCCAGGAGAUGCUGAUUUAUCGACACAUCCUAUGCAGCGCCAAGGCCCGUUCCCCUCAUGGACCUGGCUCGGUUGGAAGCUUCGGCCUGAUUAUACUGGCCAUGGACCCAAUAUGAACUUUUACCAAGUUGGUGACGAUACGCCUCUCAUUGAUAAUGUCUCGGCUGUCCCAAACAUGACUAUUUCCCUCGGUUUUAAGGAUGAUAAGAUUCUUGACUGGGAGACACAGGGCGAAGAGAUUACCGCUCGCUCAACACCCAUCUCGUUCCUACGCCUCACGACAUACUGCUUUGAAAUUCGUCUUACUGUGCCGCCUCCUCCCCCCGACACCUCAACCUCAAAAUCUUCCGAUAACCCCCAAAUCACACUUGCGUCGCCCGACCUCCUCGACGCCCUCCACUCUCCCAUUGCUGCAUUUCUCCUCCGUGCUGCGCAGUCUUCUCCAGAUUCUCCCGAAGCAGCUUCAGAACCUCCGCCUGGUGAGCAUGAGCUCAUUGGUUGUUUUAUAUCUGGCCGCGACUGGAAGAUUGAUGAGUCUUACCAGUCUGCCAACGUCCUCAUAUGUGGUCGGCGAAAUUGGGACGCUGAUGACGUACUGGUCCGCCUGGGUACACUUGAGCUCGGCGUUGGUGGCUUGCUAGGCGUCGACGAGGACACAGCUGUCGUCAAGGGAGCGAUGAACAACGACAGGCGGUUAGAUGUACAGCUAAAAGAGCUUGAUAUAUACUAA